AUGCCUAUCACAAUUCACGCUCCCCUCCCCCCCCCACGUCUCCACGACGAGGACUCUGACGUCGACAUGUCCUCCGACAGCGACUCUUCCUCCGAAGGCGGCGUCCCCCUCACCUCCAACCUCCCCUCUCGCGCCAAACCCAAGUCUUCCCUCUUCACUACCACAAAAUCCUCGUCAGACAUAGUAACCCCCGGCGAACUAAUCACUACCUCCCCCCAAUUCAUGCGCGGCCACGGCACCUACAUCCCCCCCGGCACAACCAGCAUCAUCUCCUCGGUCGCGGGCACUAUCCUCCGCACCAACAAACUCUUGUCUGUCCGCCCCCUCCGGGCGCGCUACACCCCAGAGGUAGGCGACCUCGUCGUGGGCCGCAUCAUCGAAGUUCAGGCCCGCCGGUGGCGGGUUGAUGUGGGGAGUACGCAGUUCGCGUCCCUGCCGCUGAGUGCGAUUAAUCUGCCGGGGGGUAUACUCAGGAAGAGGACGGAGACGGACGAGCUGCAGAUGAGGAGUUUCUUCUCCGAAGGAGACCUGUUAGUGGCGGAGGUGCAGGGGGUGUAUGGCGACGGCGGGGCCGUGCUACACACGCGCUCGCUCAAAUACGGGAAGUUGCGCAACGGGGUGUUUGUCGCCGUGUCUGGCAUGGGCGGAGGAGGCGGUGUUGUCCGCUCACGGCGACAAGUCUGGACGUUGGAAGGGGCCAACGGCGCGGGAUUGAUUGACGUCGUGCUGGGGGUGAAUGGGUAUGUGUGGAUCGCGAAGCAUACGGAGGAUGGCCCCGGGGAGGAUCCCAACGCUAGUACCAAGCAGGUGGGGAUUACCAACCUUGAAGAAGGCAUGAGUGCCAAUAUGUACAGCAGUCAAAAUGAUCGGAUCGAGGCAGAGACCAUGCGGGAGAUUGCCAGGUUGAGGGGGGUCGUGAUGGCGUUGGUGGAGAAUGGGCUCAGGGUGGAUGAGGAUAUGGUUAUGAGGGGGUAUAGGGAGGCGGUCGAGAUGGCGCUUGUGUCGCCCGAGGGGCCGGAGGAUGUCUACCUUGGGGGGGAGAGAGGGAGGCAGUUGGCUGCCGCUUUGACUGCUUAA